CUCCCCUAACAUCAAGAGAAAAGACAGCAGGAGGAGAUGUCUCAAUGGCAGACCUGUAUCCCUCGAUAGCCCAAUGUGCGAUCGUGGCCACUGCCUUCAAAGUGCUGCUCUUCCCAGCCUACAAAUCCACAGAUUUCGAAGUCCAUAGGAAUUGGCUGGCUAUCACGAACAGCUUGCCAAUUCAAGAAUGGUACUUCGAAAAGACUUCGGAAUGGACACUCGAUUACCCGCCGUUCUUUGCGUACUUCGAAUGGUUCCUCUCGCAGUUCGCAAAGGCGAUGGAUCCGGCGAUGUUAAGGGUGUAUAAUUUGGAAUACGAGAGCUGGCAGACGGUAUACUUCCAGAGAGCGAGUGUGAUAGCCACCGAGCUGGUUCUGGUGUAUGCGCUGCACCUCUUCGUUCAAUCUGCCCCGCCAGCCUUCAAACGUCCCUCCCACGCCGCUGCCCUCUCGAUCCUCCUCUCCCCAGGUCUCUUGAUCAUCGACCACAUCCAUUUCCAAUACAAUGGCUUUAUGUACGGUCUACUGAUUCUUUCUCUCGUCCUAGCGAGGGAUAAAUCGGCUCGCUUGGCCAGUGGACUACUCUUCGCCGCUCUUCUCUGCUUCAAGCACAUCUACCUCUAUCUAGCCCCGGCAUACUUCGUCUACCUCCUUCGCGCAUAUUGCUUAGGGCACAAAUCAAUCUUUCAAGUCAGAUUUGGGAACGCUGUGAAGCUCGGGACUGGGAUAAUCGCCAUUUUUGGAGCAGCCUUCGGACCAUUUGCAUUCUGGGGACAAAUACCUCAGUUGUUGAGCAGACUGUUCCCCUUCUCUCGUGGUCUUUGUCACGCAUACUGGGCCCCUAACAUCUGGGCGAUCUACUCUUUCACAGAUCGCCUUUUAAUAUUCAUUGCGCCCCGCCUCAACCUUCCCGUCAAUGAGGAAGCGCUCACAAGUGUAACCCGCGGCCUCGUCGGAGACACCUCCUUCGCAGUCCUGCCCGAAGUAACAGCAAGAACAACUUUCGCUUUAACCCUCCUCUUCCAAAUAAUCCCACUACUAAAGCUCUUUUUCGACCCAACCUGGGAGACAUUCAUCGGCUCUGUCACCCUCUGCGGCUACGCAUCCUUCCUCUUCGGCUGGCAUGUCCACGAGAAAGCUAUCCUGCUCGUCAUCAUUCCAUUCUCGCUCAUCGCACUCAAAGACCGCCGAUACCUAGGCGCUUUCCGCCCGCUCGCGGUUGCUGGCCAUGUCUCGCUCUUCCCUCUUCUGUUUACGGCAGCCGAGUUUCCUAUCAAAACAGUGUACACAAUUUUUUGGCUCGUGGGGUUCUUGUUAGCCUUUGAUCGCCUGGCGCCAGCGAGCAAUAAACCGAGGGUGUUCCUGCUGGAUCGCUUUAGCACGUUGUAUAUUGCGGUCAGCAUCCCGUUGAUUGUGUAUUGUAGUCUGUUACAUGGAGUUAUCUGGGGCAGCAGGCUAGAAUUUCUCCCGUUGAUGUUUAUGAGUAGUUAUUCGGCGGUUGGAGUUGUUGGAAGCUGGGUGGGGUUCUUGGUGGUUUUCUUUACAAGUUGAUGGACUGCGUGAGAUUGAAAGCGACGUGUGUGUUGCUCGAAUGAUACCCUUCAUGUGUUCGCUUUACUUGUCCUUGCAUUGUGAAAACCCCUUGCCCUGCUAUGGCCUGCUAUCGAUACCUCGCCUUAGUGGUCGUAUCCUAGCCACAUAUUUGUCGUCUUUUCUGAGCAGGAAAUCCUGUCCGAAUUGACCGAGGCAGAGCAAAUCGGGCUGGCGGUGCCAAG